GCGCGUGUUUACAGCAGUAGCUCGCCAAAUACAGGCUCAGUCCAAAUUCUCACGGUCCUCUCGAAGACGACGUGUGACGUUUUAUUAUUUGCGCCCACCGUUCAUUUGAAGAAAUGGAAAGCGCUAUUGCCACUAAAGAACCGGUCAGGAUCCCGAGGUCGCCUCACACACUGACACGAUAAUUGGCGUGAUACACCUUUACCAAAAUCUCGUUUUUUUUUUCUUAUGACAAACAAUUUGAGCGAUUCUGUUUAGGAUCAUUCACAGAAAACGGUCUCAUACGGGUAUGUUAGUCAUUUCUCUGUGAUAUUCUGUAUGGCUUAUCAUUCACUGUCUAGGCGUAAUUAUUUGCAUAUAUUUUGGAACCCAAUGCUCGUUAAAUGUUGCUUUAAGCAGUAUUAUUUUACAUCAUGUUCGUUAAUACACGGUUUGUUCCACAGUACUGAACUGAAGUUGAAUAAUGUGGCGCAUGAAUGUCGCUCAAUUACGUUAAUGUCAAUGUGAAAUGUGCCGUGAAAACGAAAAUAUGCUUUUUGUGUACUACACGACGGAAAGCCAUAUGUUUAGAGACAAGAUAACAGCGUGAUAUAGGCUAUUUAUUAUUAUCAUUAUUAUUUUUACAAAAGCUGAAACAUGUCACCUUUUGACAUAUUAUGCGCUGGAAAGAUCUUCGAGCAACGUUUUUCUACGGUCUCCAAUGCAAACGUUGCACGCUUUCAAUCGUUUUGAGUAACUGGAGAAAACUCGAGGGAUUCGCGCGUUAAUCAUGAUGGACACAACAUCUUAACACUCGCGCUUCAUUCACCAAUAACGUACACUGAGCAGAAGAAUUAUAGUGGUGUCUUCGAAAUGAAUGAUGAUGGAGGCGGAAUACGGGGAGAGCUGGUCUCAAAACGGAACCACAAAUUUGAACGCCUCAAACCUGGGUUUCCUAAAUGCGUCGUCUCUAAUGGGUCUGUGGGGCGAUAUUCAGGAUAAAGAGGUGACACGACUGGACGAGAUUCUCCACGCACACGAGAGAGCAUACAGAUAUUUCACCACCACCAUUCAAGUUUUCAUCCUAAUCGGUUCCCUUUUGGGAAAUGCUGCAGUUCUAUGGUGCACCUGUUACACCAACGUCUUCAAGUCUGUCACAAAUCUUUUCAUCAAGAACCUGGCCUGUUCUGGCAUAUGUGCUGGGCUGGUGUGUGUGCCCUUUGACAUAGCUCUGAGUGCCAGUCCUCUGUGUUGCCUAUGGUUCCACACACUCCUGCUGUGCAAGGCCAUCAAGUUCUUACACAGGCUUUUCUGCUCUGUCACUGUGCUUAGCUUUGCUGUCAUCGCCCUGGACAGGUACUACUCUGUGUUGUAUCCAUUGGAGAGAAAGAUAUCAGAUGCCAAAUCCAGAGACCUGGUCAUCUACAUCUGGGUGCAUGCAGUGGUGGCCAGUGUCCCUGUAUUUGCUGUUAGCAAUGUGACUGAUAUCUAUGCCACCUCUUCUUGUUCUGAUGGCCAAUCACUAGGAUAUAUGGUUUACAUGGUCACUUACAACAUCACCACACUUAUUUUACCACUAGCAGUGGUGUUUCUUGCCAUGGCGUUAAUUCGGCGUGCACUAAGCUCAAGCCAAAAGAAGAAAGUAAUCAUUGCGGCCUUGCGCACCCCUCAGAACAGCACAUCUAUCCCAUAUGUGUCUCAACGGGAGGCUGAACUCCAUGCCACCCUGUUGUCCAUCGUCCUAGUCUUUGCACUCUGUAGCACCCCCUACGCUGUUCUGGUGGUAUAUCGUGCAAUGGCAGGGGCGGCAAAAGCCUCAUCAUGGUUACAACUGACUGCCGUGUGGUUACCAAAGGUCUCUCUUCUCACCAAUCCACUGUUUCUACUCACAGUAAACCGCUCUGUGCGCCGUUGCCUUCUUGAUAUGCUAGCACGUCUGCACCGUCGCUAUAGUAGAAGGAACAUGGUCAGCACUGGAGGGCUGGCUGAAGUUGCUGCACUGGGGGUUGAGACGGUGGCUCGCUCUGGAAGUCAGCUUCUGGAGAUGUUCAAUAUCGGCCAACAGCAGAUCUUCAGACCAAAUGAGGAUGAAGAUUAUGAGAAUGAAAUUUCCUCAGUGGCCUCUGCCAACCUCCAGGCCAAAGAUGAAGGACAGGGUGGAACUGGAAGGACAGGAAGGGUGGCAGGAGAGUUGCGUCAACAGCAGUUUGUGGAUGGGGAAAAAGAAGAGGUCUUAACGUUACCAAAACAUUCCCCUAUUCAGACUUGUGCCUACUCCUCUUCGCAGGUUGCCCCUGCUACAGCCACAGACCCUGAGGAUGCCAUGCAGUUCGGAUUUGGGCCAUUUGAGCUGCCACCUCAUUGGCUGCCUGAAACCAGAAACAGUAAGAAAAGACUACUGCCCCCACUGGGUAACACACCAGAAGAGCUGAUCCAAACCAAGCAGCCUAGAGUGCGCCCUGAGAGACGCAUCAGUAGAAACAAUAAAGUUAGUACCUUCCCUAAUUUGGACCUAUGAAAUAUAGUACAAUGUACAUAAUUGGACCAAAUAAUA